AUGCUGCAUGUUUGGUGGGCACUUGGGUUGUCCUUCUUGCCAAGUCAUGGCAGCCGUGUCUUCCUCUGUGAUCGCAUCGAUCCAAUUCGAAACGGCACGCUGCCACGAGAAUAUGCCUUGCAGGGCAUUCACAUCCAGGUUGGUACAGGUAUCUGGGACGAGAGGUUUCUGGCGUGGGAUUCUGCAAAGGCGGCCUACGGAGGCCUGGAGGUUGACCUCCUCGACGAGUUGGCCAGGCGCGCCCGCUUUAGCUACUCGUUGGUGAUGCACAACUGGACUCGGACUCCAGGCGCCUGGCUCGACAAACUUGAGGAGUCCAUCGUUCGCUUUGAUUUGGUCACAUAUGGUUACUGGUUCAUCACACCCAAGCGUAUGGCGAGAGGCGCCUUCAGCCCGUACGGAUUCCUGGAUGCCCAGUACUGGGCCGUGGUUAUGCAAGAAGGACGGCCCGGCAUCGACUUUGCUGAGAUUUUCAGCUUCCUCACACCUUUCAGUGCCCCGGUGUGGUUCUGCUUCUUGGCCCUCACAGUUUUCACGGGCUUGAUCUAUCGCUUCCUGGAGGGAGCCCGGAAUGUGGAAGAUUUCCCAGAUGGUGCGCAGGGCUGCUUCAAACGUAGAACCUACUUGCAGGCCAUGGAUUCUGUCUUCAAGGCAUCAGGGCACAUAACGGCUGCCGCGAGUUUUGCGCCCAAAACAUGGGCGGGGAAGAUCCUCAUCAUGUCGUGGACGUGGUGCAUUGUUCUAAUCUUGGCAGCUUACACGGCUAAUCUCGCUUCUUUUUUGGUUGUGCAAGCAAAGAAUCAGGCGCCUUUCAGUUCCCUGGCUGGUGCUGUUCUGAGGAGCAAGAAGGUUUGCGUUGCAGAUGGAUCCGCGGAUCAGGACUGGUUCAGAGCAAAUUUUCCCAGGUAUGAGAACUUGAUGAGCUUUGACUCUGGUCCCGCUGAUCGUGCGCAGCGACUACAGGAUGGCUCGUGCGAUGUUGCCACGUUUGCAAGAUUUGAAUACGGUUUUCUGAAGCAGCUCAAGAGUGUGAACCCAGACUGCAACAUGCAGACGGUGGGAGACCCCUUGCAAAGCAUGAAUGCCGGCUGGAUGGUCCUUAACGAUGUUGCAGCCUCGUGCACCAUGCUGAUUCGUGAUGUCUUGGGCUUUUGGCUGCUUCAGAUGGAGCUGGACGGGUCUUUGGGUGCUCUAGUCAAGAAGGCACUUCAGCCGGUAGAGCACUGUCCGGACUUUCUUGGUGAGUUGAACUCGGGAGCACACUCUGAACGGAACAGCCAGCUGAAGAUCUCAAACAUGUUGGGGAUAUUGAGUUUACAUGCGGCAGGAGUUUGUACAGCAUUGUUGUUUCAUUAUCUUUCCAGUGCACCGACAGCGGUUCAGAAGACUUUGGAAAGGACAGGAUCUUUCAACCGCAUGCGCGUUAGACCCAAGAAAGACGACAACAGCGCAGACAUUGUCCAUCACGGGGGUGCACCGGCGUGGUCUGAAGAGGGCGACCUCCGAUGA